ACUCAAGAUUGCCGGUGUAGGUGUUCCUCUAUCAGCUGUGGUCGAACCUGACAAAGAACCCAACAGCGCCAAUUCCAUCGUCUGAUUGAGAUGCUCAUCCUGUCGCGGUUAGACCCAGCUGACCUUCGAGCAUAUCGGCUUCAAGUCAAAGAACGCCUCUACAGAUUUAACUUUGUGAGUAUCCUUCCCGUCUGUAUGACAGACACUAAUAUGACCUGUCAACAGGAAACUCUUGCGCAGCUGGAGAAGGACGAGCGGUUGGAGAAGCUGGAGGAAACGUUCCAGAGUGUUCGGGAGGACUAUUCGCGGAUUUUAGCUUUGGUUAGAUGACUUGACGCCAUGUACUAACUUCAGUGUGGAAGGUACUUAUGCUUACAUCGCUUACGGUGUUGUCAAAAAAAGUUCGGGCCGAAGU